AUGGGAUCAAUGCCAGAGACGAACGCUUCUGGCGGAAUGCCGACGAGUUGGACUCGUUUGGUACGAUUUAUUGCAGCUGAAGACAGUGCCGAGUACAUCGGAGAGCCUGUUGACGCGAAGAUUGAUGUUGGCGCAGCGCUCGCAUCAGGAUCAACUGUCCAAGUUCGUGCUUUUACCGGCACUUCAGUCUUGUCAUCAGACGUCCAGCCAACAUCCAAAAUCCUCGCCAUCUCCCGGCUACUCCCACCACUCUCCAAAUCACAAAUUGGCACUAUUCGCUGUAUCGGACUAAACUACCGCAAACAUGCAAAGGAGAUGAACUUGGAACUUCCGAAUCAUCCAACUCUUUUCUUCAAGCCGUCAACCUGCCUCGGUUCGCCUAAUGCUCCUUUGAUCAUCCCGCAUCAAGCAACGGAUGGCCAAGCAGACUACGAGGCGGAGCUUGCUAUUGUGAUUGGAAAGGCCGCGAAGAAUGUAAACAAGGAAGAUGCGAUGGACUACGUGCUCGGUUACACGUGCUCCAACGAUGUUACAGCGCGAGUCCAUCAGUUUAAUGGCGCGCAAUGGGGCUUCGGAAAAGGAUUUGAUGGUUUCGCUCCUCUUGGGCCCUGCCUCGUGUCCGCUUCAUCAAUACCAACCCCUGGCGACAUUGAACUGAAGACGGUGCUGAACGAAGAGACUAUGCAGUACUCACUCGCCAACGACAUGAUCUUCAGCAUUCCGGAGAUUGUUGCAUAUCUCAGUCAAGGGACAACGCUGGAACCGGGUACGGUUAUCAUGACCGGCACGCCGCAUGGUAUUGGCGUGAGCAAGGUACCGAAGGUCUUCUUGAAGCCUGGAGAUGAUCUGAGAAUUGUGAUGAGCCACGGGAUGGGAAGCUUGGUCACACCAGUGGAGUAUGAAGAGGCGCCCAAGUCCAGGUAG